AACAUGACCAUAUUUUACAGACUGACCUCCACCCCUGCAAGAUGUCUUGCUACGACCUGUGCUCCACCUCUGCCUGCGGCGUCCUCCGCCCCCAGCCUCUCGCUGACAGCUGCAAUGAGCCGUGUGUCCGUCAGUGCCCGGAUUCCACCGCUGUGAUCCAGCCACCCCCAGUUGUCGUCACCCUCCCUGGCCCCAUUCUCAGCUCCUUCCCCCAGAAUGCAGUUGUGGGAUCUGCUGGAGCUCCCGUCCUUGGGGCUUCUGGGGCCUCACUUGGCUACGGGGGCUACGGCUCCCUGGGCUAUGGGGGUCUCAAUGGCUAUGGGGGUUCCUCCCUGGGCUAUGGGGGUGUGUAUGGCUUUGGGGGCUCCUCCCUGGGUUACAGAGGCCUCUACGGCUAUGGUAGAUCCUACGGUUCUGGCUAUUGCAGCCCUUACUCCUCCUGGUCCAGCAGGUACAGCCGUGGCAGCUGUGGACCCUGCUAAAUGCUGCAGGAAUAACAGACCGAUGUGAUGGCUUCACUGCUAAAAAGGUCUGAACCUCCCCUGCUCUUACCCAACACCAUAGGUCUGUAACCCCCCUCCCCAGUCCCUUUUGACUUUCUCCUUAACAUCUACUUUCUACUGCCUCAACAAGUCUCCUGUCUCAUUUACAUAUUGCCCUGGGGUAAACAUCUAAAAGAAUUGCUCAAGAACGGGUCCUGUUUGUUCAAACCAACAGUGAAGACAUGCCAAGAAGAAUCAAUCCUAUGUGAACGUAUCCCUGACCGGAGAACAGUUUUGUACUUCAUGGAGACUGGAAAUAUAUUCCUUUUCUUGCUGUUAUUAAAAGUUUAUUGCA